AUGCUCCAAGUACCUUCACCUUCGGAAACGAGGUUUGUUCGUUCUUUGUACGACGUCGAUCGCACCAAGCCUUCGCCAUUCGGAUGGAAGCGAUGCUCAAGAGCGUCGCGUCGCUACGUUCGCCGGAUGGGUCUGGUCGAGUCGUUCUUCAACACCAUGGCCACGUUGCACGAGGGCCGAACCGACAUUUUUUACCGACUUCCUCUCAGCUGCCCUGCUAAGGCUUACGAACAGCUCGUACGUCGCUUGCCCCUCGUCUGGGCACUACUAUGCCGUCGGCACCCUCUGCUCGGUUCGUACGUCGACACUUUGACACCAGACGGCGCUUCUCUAGAUCCUCGAGAAGCUGCAUCAAGACGGCACACCGGCGAAGCUGCACAAGAUGGCACUAGCUCGUUUGAGCCCCACUUUAUUUUUGACAUCCCGAACUCAGCUUCUGAUCUACUAGAGCAAGCUUCGCAACGACUAGUCUGGCUUCCCACCACAUGGCGAGAAGAAUUACUGCUGCAACAAGAUAGCCGCUCCGAAUCGUCUCGCAACGAUGCAGUCAUAGCGUGGCUUGAUCGAUAUGUGUGGAACGGCAAAAGGCGCUUCCUCGAUCAACAUGCUCCUUAUGGAAUGUCAAGACUUGUUAUCCUUCCGCCAUCAUCAACGGAAACCGCUACAGAUGAUCACGUCAGCUUGGAUCUGGUGCUCUGUACCGCGCAUUGCAUCUCGGAUGGUCUCAGCAUUUCAAGCCUCGCUGGGGAAUUGUUGCAGGCCCUUGUUUCGCUCCAGCUUCCUGCCGAAAUCCCCGAACUUGUCCCACAGGCUGAGACAACCACAGACGUGGCUGGCGCAACUAUGGCAUUCUACGCAACGAUCAGCCAAGAUGUAAAACAGUGUCUGUUGCACGGUCUCUUAUCCGCUCCCCAGCCCGAUGCACGGAGGGAUGGGGAUUUUGCGUUGAACGAAGCUCACUUUGUUCCGCUACUUCCUCCGUCAAUAGAAGCCUCGUACCCCGAAUUGCUGCCUACCAUUUCCCCGGCACCGUCACAGGACUCCUCUCUAUCCGGCUCUCGCCUUGCUAGGCUGCGCUGGUUUUGGACGAUUCGUCGCGUCAUUCUUCAGAUUCGAGCGGCCAAUGCCGAAAAAGAGAUCCUCUCCGACUUCAGAGCGAAUCGUGCUGAGAAAGAGGUCGAGGAGCCAUGGUGGGGCGCGCAGACGAAAUGGUCUGUGGUUCGUCUCUCAUCCCAACACACAUGUGCUCUGACACGACUGGCCAAGCUCAAGCGUAUCAGGGUGGGUUCACUUCUCUAUGCUGUGGCCGCUUGUGCACUCAACACUCUCGAGACCAAAUAUGUCUCGAGCCAAAGUCAGCGCGAAUCACCUACGGCCACAGUGAUGGGCUUUCCCUAUUCUGUGUCCAGGUUCCUCGAUACUCGAGCAGCUGGCGACACUUUGCAGCGUGCGCACGUCCAGGAUCCUCUGCUGCCUCCUUCGAAGCUCGGUGUCAAGCUCGGCUUUAACGGCGUCGCACUUCCACCUGCGGAGCUCUUCUCGCUUCCGACAACGUCUGUUUCUGAUGCUAUCCCAUUGAACGCUUUCCAAGUGGCUCAACUGUGGCAAACAGCGCGACAGGUGCAAAAACAGUUGAAUGACAUCUUCAACGAACCUCGAUUCAUGCAUGCCGAUGGCUUUCUCACAGGUCUGGAGCGGGAGAUGCGCUUCCGAAAGAACGGCGUCAAGGACGUCUUUGAGGUGUUUAAGGAUGACGAGCUCGACGAGGUGGCAGGCCAGGACGAGCGUCGACCUGGUCUCGCAAAGAAGAACAUGCAGGGUCCUGGAUCUUCGCUCAACUUCAGCAUGGUCGGACUCUUGGAUACGGUGCUUCCAUCCAGGCUCACAUUGCCUUUGGAAACGUUCAAGGACACCCAAGAUGCCUGCGUAGAGGUGCGAGAUGGCUUAAUGUUUGGCGUUCGCACAAGAGCGGGCGAAGCCUUUGGCACAUCGUUCACCUUUCGUGGACAGCUCAAUUUGGAGCUCGGCCACGACACUGUCGUAUGGGAUACAGACAAGGUGGACGAGUAUCUAGCGUUGAUGAAGUACAUUGUCGAGGCCAUCGUUGCUUUCGAGCAGCGUCCACACCGCCGUUGA